AUGAUUGGCAGCCGCUACUUUGUUAGCGGAGUCCUGCUGCUCCUUCUUGGGCGUUUUGGCCUUUCCGAGCAAGACAACAAUGAAACGAGUCCGAUAAGCGUCCGGGAAUUUCCAGCGCGCCGCAGACAAAUCAAUGAUACACUUGUUGCUAACACGGUUCAUGUAUAUUAUCUGAAACUAGACGAAACCUUCAUUUUGGAUCUGACCCGAAUCUCUGCAGAUGUCUCCGAACCAGCUCUUUUUCGGAAAGAAGUCGAUACAAUUCUAGAAGUUACAGUUUCCAAUGGACGUGACAAUUUCAUACUAAAACUGCCUAUGAUCUAUCCGGAUUUGACUUUAUACUCUUACGGAAAGCUUCUAAACCCAUUGCGUAAGGAAGAUUUCGGGCCAAAGAGGAGCAAGAAGAACAAAAACUCGACUUUAUCUCAAAACCUUGUUAUCACUGUUCAAUCAAGACUGAGAGUGGAUAUAGAUUAUCAACUGCACCUGACUCGAUUGGAUAGGUCUCAGUACAAUUUAAGUUUCAAGGAAGGGCAAUCAACGAAGACACUUAACAAUCAGAAGCUCACAUUUGUGAAGCCCAUUGGAUUCUUCCUAGAUACUGAAGAGCAGAUUGUUAAGUCAUUCCAUAUCACAUUAACUAGUGCCGAUGAUAUUUGUGCAAACGUUAUUACGGCUCCGGCAAAUGAAUCCAUUUACGAACGUCCGGUCGACUCCGACAGGGCUGACAAUCGACGUGUGCUAACGUUUACUCGGAGAGCAGACAUUUUUUUCUCUGAAACCGAGAUCCAACUGUUCAAGACUUUCCGGAUAUUUGUGUUCAUUUCUCCAGUGAAUGCUCCGUGCUCAGGCAACACAUCUCGCAAAAAUUACAAUGAGAUCAAGAAGAUAACAUUCGAUUUUACGAGACUGGAACCGAAUUCCUAUUUCGUUCCGACUCUUGCCAUGCUAGUAUUUUUUGCUAGCCCCUGUCUUAUAUUCAUUGCCAGCUUGACAGUUAAUGUGAUACGGAAUCGUUCAGACCUCGUGGCGGAUUUGAUCUCAUUUUCUUCUGACCAAUCUGCAAAUACAUCUGCGAUCGCAGAAAAUAAUAUGGCUCACAAUGAAAUCGCGGUUAUACCAGAAGAAGAAAACCUACAAGUGCAAGAAAUCGAACCAAUCCCAAUCAAACAAGAUUCUCUAUCCCUUCAUGGUCAAAUGUUCAAGUAUCCUGUAGCCCUCAUUCUCCCAGUUCUGAUGCACACAGGAGUUGAAUUCCAUAACUUUACAACAUCCACUAUGGCGAAUCGUGAUGAAAUGUGUUUCCAUAAUAACGCAUGUGCGAAACCUCUCGGAGAGCUUCGAUCAUGGAACAAUAUGAUCAGUAACAUUGGCUAUGCGAUAUACGGGCUGGUUUUUAUAAUGGUCACAAUGUGUAGGAGAUGGAGGCAUCACUCCCCAUUGGUUGGUACUUAUGAAUGCACACUUCUGGAUAUUACAAUUGGACUUUUCAUGAUUCUACAAGCCAUUGCCAGUGCCACGUAUCAUAUAUGUCCCAGUGAUAUAGCUUUUCAGUUCGACACCCCUUGCAUACAAGUCAUUUGUGGUCUUUUGAUCAUCCGCCAAUGGCUCGUUCGUCAGGAAUCUCCAUCGCCAGCCUACACGAACAUUCUUCUUUUCUGCGUUGUCUCUCUUAACUUCCUGAUCUCCGCCUGUUCAAAAGCUUCCGGAAUUCGAUACCUAAUCGCAAUAAUCCAUUUUGGUGUCGUGGCGACAGUUUGUUUGGCGAAACGAAAAACAUUGAGAUCCAAACAAGUCUAUAAAGUCUUCGUUGGCACCUUCGCCAUUUUUAACUUCUUCGCUAUAACUAUUUAUGUGACCUCUUCAUACAUUCAUCUCAAUCAAAUCUCUACUUAUUGCUUCAUCCUCAACUGCAUCUUGUACCUGACCUACUACGCUUUAAUGAAGUUCGCAUCACGAGAAAGCAUAGAACUGAAGGCCAAAGUGUGCGGAGUUUCCGCAAUAUUCGGAUGGCUGAUUGCUGGAUUCUUCUUCUUCCAAGAUGACACCGAUUGGACGAGAACAGCCGCUAUGAGCCGAGCACUGAACACACCAUGUCUGCUUCUCGAUUUCUUUGGAUCCCACGACCUCUGGCACAUGUUCGGUGCAAUCGCUGGUCUAUUUACAUUCUUAUUUGUAUCUUUUGUUGAUGAUGAUCUAAUUAACACUCCCAAAUCCUCAAUUAACAUGUAUUGA